CUAAACAAAAACAUCUAUCGAAAUGCCACCAAAAACCAGUGGAAAGGCCGCUAAAAAAUCUGGCAAAGCCCAGAAAAACAUUACGAAAGGCGACAAGAAAAAGAAGAAGCCACGUCGUAAGGAGAGCUACGCCAUCUACAUCUACAAGGUCCUGAAGCAGGUCCACCCAGACACCGGAAUCUCGUCGAAGGCCAUGAGCAUCAUGAACAGCUUUGUGAACGAUAUUUUCGAACGCAUUGCUGCCGAAGCUUCUCGUCUGGCUCACUACAACAAGCGAUCCACCAUCACUUCUCGCGAGGUUCAGACCUCUGUUCGUUUGUUGUUGCCAGGAGAAUUGGCCAAACACGCAGUCUCUGAGGGUACCAAGGCUGUUACCAAGUAUACCAGCUCCAAGUAAAUGUUUCUUGUCGUAACUAAACAAUUCUACGCAAAUCGGCCCUUUUCAGGGCCAACAAAUAUUUUUCGGAGAGAGCAUUUGAAUCUACAUUACUUAUGAACGGAAGUUUCACGCAUAAAUGUUCUAUUUAAAUUUGAAGUUAUUCUUCCAUUAGAGUCAGAAUUGUUCUAGCUGUCGUCGUAUGUGGGUGACAGUACCGGUACUGGCUCUUCAACGAUUACCUCGGACGAAAAACCUCAGGAAACGGUGUGUCGGACUAAUAAUGAAGCAAUAGUAUAAAGCAAAAUAACGAUAUUCAAAAUGAUUGUCGCGAUCCAGUAACAGAAACGCAUCGAAGACUCCAACGCAUCUUUUGUGCUGAAGGCCCCUGUUUAGGGCACAGACUCAACUCAUUCGAGGUCAUGUAAGUCUUCUCGCUACAGAUACAGAUGGAUGAUGUGAACAUUGAAUGGUUCCAAGGAUUGUGCUACCUAGGAUCAACCAACGAUGAGAAGUAUUUUAUCGAUAACAUAUUGACUACUGAAAAAUUGAAAAAAAUGUAUCCGUUAGUUAAUCGGUGAUCAAAAUUAUUUACGGAGAAUAAACAAACGCUUGUACAAACAA